UUGGAUUGUAUGCUGAGAAUACAAAAAAAAGGAGGAUGAAGAUUUAUGUACCAUCAGGUCCUAGAGCCUCUGACUGAUGGAGAUAUACACAGAUCUGAAAAACUGGAGAUAUGGCCAAGAAGAGGAUCUGUGCAGGGUGCUCUCACAGUUGGCCUUGUGCGACAGUGUCAAACCAUCCAUGGACGUGACAGGACCUGUAUUCCUCCACGGCUGCCUCCCGAGUGGGUCACUACGUUAUUUUUCAUCAUAAUGGGAAUCAUUUCACUAACUGUCACAUGUGGCUUGCUGGUGGCUUCCCACUGGCGAAGAGAAGCUACUAAAUAUGCCCGCUGGAUAGCUUUCACUGGAAUGAUUCUAUUCUGUAUGGCAGCCCUAAUAUUUCCAAUAGGAUUUUACAUCAAUGAAGUUGGAGGUCAACCAUAUAAAUUACCCAAUAACACAGUGGUUGGGUCUUCGUAUGUACUGUUUGUCUUAUCAAUUUUCUUUACAAUAGUGGGACUUCUAUUUGCUGGCAAAGUUUGUUUACCUGGCUGAUGAAUGUCUGGACUGCAGGACUUUAUUUUGGAAAAGAGCAAGACAUCAGAAUUGCAUUCUCAGGAGGAUGCCUAAAUCACAUUAUCAAACACUGACUGAAAAGAGGAAUGCUCUGACUUGUUCUCACUAUGCACUUUGGAUGAAAAAAAGGAGAGCCUUUCCCAUAACCAAAUACAGACCACGCUGACUAAUCUCCUGAGCAUACUCCAAUGCAGUCAGGUCUGCACUGUGAUAGGAACUAGUGAAGAAUGCUUUCCACUGAGAAGCAUAACGCCCCACCUUACUGGACUGUUCCUGUUUUUAACGUCUAACAAUUUGGAAGUCAAAGUAUUUAUGAACUUUGUGGUGGACCAGAGGGUUGCAGAGGAAUUCAAGUGAGGCUGGCCUCGCUGUGUAGGAGAUUAGUGUUUUACAUCUUCCUUCUGAUGAGCAAAGCCUUUGGCAUCAAUGUGGAUCAAUCCUGCAUUACUGCACCAAGAAGCCAAUAGAUCAAAACAUGUUCUCUCAAUGUAUGUAACAGCAGAAACACAUACAUCCCCUGCUCCCCCAUAAGCUCUAGGAAACACUAAGGAACAUUU